AUGCAAUGGCUCGAAGACAUUCAAAAUAUUCGUGCUUCUGUUCCUUUUUCGGAAAACAAAGGCUAUUAUAAGCCACAAGCAUACACAACGCAAAGUCAGUUCAUUCCAAUUGCUAAGCCACCUUUGUACCAGAAUCUCGGACCAAAUUUACAAUUCUCUAACAAUGAUAAUGAGGAAGAACCCAUCCCUUCAUCCCAGAAUGUGCCACUAAACAGCCCAGAUCAAGACUUUGUUAAUGAGAGAGUAGGUUUUGACAUUACCGAAGAUUUCGGGAUUAAUCAAGAAGAAGAGCAGGAAAAAGCUGAGGAAAUAGAAAGACAUACGAAUUCUGUUGCCACAUUGACAGCGAACCUCAUGGAUGCUCUUCAUUUCAAAUAA